UCAACAUAUAUGAGAAGACACUUCUUAACGAAAAUCCUCUACCACUUUAGAACAACAAUGCCAAAGGUUUUCGUUUGACAGGUCCGAAGUCACGCACUCACCUAACAAAACCACGGGAGCUGGAGAGUCGGUGAAAGCAAUAAUACCCUGCGUGUAAUUUUGCAAAGUACGCAUGCGUUGUGAGCACAUUGGUCGAUCGUGGAAUAUGCUUUAGAUGUGCUUUAAUCGUACGGUUAUGAUUAACACAAGCUCCUCUACAUAAAGUCAUAAACCUCGAACUUUCCUCCCAGCCCCUGCAACUAAUCUCACCUACUUUCCCUAAAAACCUCAAUUUCCUCUUCUCCAAAUCCAGAUCUAAGCGUUCCAGCUACCCAUGGCAACCAUCGUAGCAGUAAAGGGAAGACAGAUCUUCGACAGCCGUGGAAAUCCAACCGUAGAGGUUGAAGUGACAGUCUCAGAUGGUUACGUCGCUAGAGCUGCAGUUCCAAGUGGUGCAUCCACUGGCAUCUAUGAGGCCCUUGAGCUUAGGGAUGGAGGCUCAGACUACCUUGGCAAAGGUGUCUCAAAGGCUGUUGGGAAUGUCAACAACAUUAUUGGCCCAGCAUUGAUUGGGAAGGACCCAGUGGAGCAGGCUGCUAUUGACAAUUUCAUGGUUCAACAACUUGAUGGAACCGUGAAUGAGUGGGGUUGGUGCAAACAAAAGCUUGGAGCAAAUGCUAUUCUGGCUGUAUCUCUUGCUGUCUGCAAAGCUGGGGCUCAUGUCAAGAAAGUUCCUCUGUACAAGCACAUUGCCAACCUUGCUGGAAACAAGAAGUUGGUUCUACCGGUUCCUGCCUUUAAUGUCAUCAAUGGUGGAUCCCAUGCAGGAAACAAACUUGCCAUGCAGGAGUUCAUGAUUCUUCCUGUAGGAGCUUCCUCUUUCAAAGAGGCCAUGAAGAUGGGUGUAGAAGUAUACCACCAUUUGAAAGCCGUUAUUAAAAAGAAGUAUGGUCAAGAUGCAACAAACGUCGGUGAUGAAGGUGGCUUUGCUCCUAAUAUUCAGGAGAACAAGGAAGGACUUGAAUUGCUCAAGACAGCUAUUGCUAAAGCGGGUUACAGUAAACAAGUUGUUAUCGGAAUGGAUGUUGCUGCAUCUGAAUUUUAUGGAUCAGAUAAAACAUACGACCUGAACUUCAAGGAAGAGAACAAUGAUGGUUCGCAAAAGAUUUCCGGAGAUGCUCUCAAGGAUUUGUACAAGUCUUUUGUCUCUGAGUACCCUAUUGUUUCUAUUGAGGAUCCUUUCGACCAAGAUGAUUGGGAGCACUAUGCCAAGCUAACUGCUGAAAUUGGUGAAAAAGUACAAAUUGUGGGAGAUGAUCUUUUAGUCACCAACCCCAAGAGGGUUGAGAAGGCCAUCAAUGAGAAAACUUGCAAUGCCCUUCUCCUCAAGGUUAAUCAAAUUGGAUCCGUAACUGAGAGUAUUGAGGCCGUAAAAAUGUCCAAGAAGGCAGGGUGGGGUGUCAUGGCCAGUCAUCGCAGUGGUGAGACCGAGGAUACUUUCAUUGCUGAUCUCUCAGUGGGUUUGGCCACGGGUCAAAUUAAAACUGGAGCACCAUGCAGGUCAGAGCGUCUUGCAAAAUAUAAUCAGCUCCUUCGAAUUGAGGAAGAGCUUGGAGCAGAAGCAGUUUAUGCUGGAGCAAGCUUCCGCAAGCCUGUUGAGCCCUACUAGAAUUUUGAGAGUUGGAUGAUGGUGUUCUGAUUCGGGAUCCGUACGUUUGCCUACUUGAAAUAAGUUAUGUAAAUUGGGUUCUUACCCAAUUCAACAUUUCAAUAAUAAAUUUUGUUCCGAGAAUUAGAAUAGCAUUGUAAUGAGAAUUUCCUAGAACAAUGAAAUGGGGUUUUCUUGGCUUUUGAUGCA